UGUGCCUAGGCCAAUCACAGCCAUCUAUUCUAUAGCAUUGCUGGAGCUGUCAAUGCCCUUCUUCGCCUGCUACCUCCUGACGCCUGUGCAGCCUCCACAGCGCCUACGAUGCUCGUAUAUUGGCUUCACCGUAGCUCCGACGCGACGCAUACGUCAGCAUAACGGAGAACUCGUCAACGGAGCCAAGAGAACGCGGAAAUUCCGACCGUGGUAGGAAAUAGUAGUCAUUAAAAAUACUAUUACUCAUUAAUUACUAUUUCCUGAUCAAAGUACUUUUUAAAGGGAAAUGAUCGCCGUCGUGCACGGCUUCCCGAGCAAGUUUCGAGCUCUUCAAUUUGAGUGGGUGUGGCAGCAUCCAGAGGUUAGUAAAAUCUCCAAGACUCACUUGGAAUAUUUACACGGAUCCAGAGGAUUCGGAACUCCUCGAUCCGUCAAGCGGAAGUUGGUAGAAAUGCUGGAAAUAAUUAACUUGGAGCCGUUUAAAGGGUUAAAUCUAACCGUGAGCUUCACCAGUGACGAGAUACACAACACCGCUCGGGCAUUGGGGACGAGGUAUGCAGCUGUACACUGCGAGACCAGAGCAUUGGAAACUUUCGCUGGUGUGGAGAACGAAGACACUGUUUCCAAGUGUUUUAUAUGUGAAGUUAAGUUGUACUCGGAAUCAGAGAGUGGAGAUGGUAACCAGAACGUGGUGGGGUGCUAUCAUUCUGGCUGUGAAAUGUGUUGUCAUACACCGUGUUUGAAUGACCAUUUCCGGUCGAUAAACGACGAUGACGGUGAAGCUAAUAGCGGAGAAUGUCCGGAAUGUCAGCAGCUUUUAGCCUGGUCUUUAUUGACACAGCAUCACGGUCAAGGCAAGGGAAAAAGGAAGAAAAAAACACUAAACAAACGACGCAAGAAAGCUAAGGUCUCGAAAAACAAUGUCGGAAUUAUGGAGCAAACGAUAGCAGAGAUUAAUGCGGAAGAAAGACUCAGCGAAGAAGCAGAUGCGAUCAGUAUUGGUUCCUCUUUAUCGAGCAAUUUUAGCGCUGAGUACAACUCGAAUGGCUGGUUUGAGGACCAUGGAGAGUAUGAAAAUGACGAAGAUAUGAUAGAUGACGCCUUGGACGCUGGAGCUCCUAUCCUUGAUAUUCCGCCUAGAGACCGAGAAGUGGAAAUGAUUGAUCUCACUUAAAUCAACACUAUCCCUCCUGAACUUUUGGGAUACACAUGGCAAUGGGAGAGCAUGGCGCCGUGUAGCAGUCGGAGUCCACAAGUUCGCAGUCUUCACGCUCACUACAGCGAUCCGGAGAGCACACGUCAGCGCAGUAAGCUACGACCGUUUUAUCGGCUUCAACCUGCUCUUUGCACUCCGUAAAUGUAGGGCAGGUCAUCGUUUCGCACGUGAUUUGUGUGUCAACGUCACAUUCUCCCUCGUGAAUCACCGUUAGAGUCUGAUGUUGGCAUCUCGCAUUAGCGAAUAGACAGAGAUUGUCGUGGGUUUGGCCGUCCGAGCCACACACGGGUGCGUACGUGUACGGACAAGGCUGGGGGAUACAGGACUCUCCGUUAUAGUUAAUGGUUGGACUGUUAGCUGUACGUGCGGCUUGCAUAUUUGGAGGACACUUACCAGGUCCAAACACCUUAACGUUAGGGUUUCUGCAUUCGGCGUACUCUAAAAGACACAGAUUAGCGUACGUGAUCCCAUUGGAGCCGCAGACUGGGUCGUAUACACGCUCACACAUGGAGUUGCACUUCUCUGCUGUCACCGGAGAAUCAAUGACGCUCACACCAACUUCCAAGACGUUCAGAUUAAUGCCAUUUGUGCUGGUAACGCAGUCCCCAUGAUAGGCUUUUUCCAGUUGUAGAUUCUGACAUUUUGAAAAUAAAAGGUGGCAGUCGUUGAUAUACGUAACUCCAUCGGUUCCGCAGACGU